GUUAACUUAUUUUACAUCGGUUGAAUUCAAUCAUUACUAUAAGCGCCAACUACUAUAUGCGCUAAGCUAGUUUGGAAGCCUUAUAACAACCUCCUAAGCUAAUUCAUGUGCUGAUAUAAGAGUACUUGGAGGUAGCUGAAAGCUUAGCACUUUGUGGGGCAGCACUCCCCGCUGUGCAUGAUGGCCCUUGUGAACUACUGUAACAACUGGGAAACUUUCUCAAGGAACACUUUUCAGGCUCUGCUAGCUCGCAGCAGCUUCACUGAAAGUGGAGAGUCAUCACAGUAGCUCCCAAACAAAACUCAAUCUCAUCUCGCACCUCGUCAUGCCAGACAUAGCAGACGUCAUCGCCGAAGAGAUCGCGCGUCGCACCGACGACAUCUCGUCCAUCAACCAACGCAUCCACUCGAACCCUGAGCUCGCCUACGAAGAACACCAAGCCCACGACGCAUUCGUCUCAGCCCUCCAUACUCUCGGUUUCGCCAUCACCCCGCACGCCUACGGCCUGCCCACCGCCUUUUCUGCUGACUUCGGCAGCGGCGGUCGAUUGGUCGUCUUCAACGCAGAGUAUGAUGCCUUACCAGGAAUCGGGCACGCCUGCGGGCACAACCUGAUCGCCUCAGCUUCAUUCACCGCCUUCCUCGGCGCCGCCGCAGCGCUCAAAGCCUCCAACCAGCCAGGCCGCGUCCGCCUACUCGGCACCCCCGCCGAAGAAGGUGGCGGCGGCAAGCUCAAGCUCAUCGCGGCAGGCGCGUAUCGCGGCGCCGCCGCCAGCCUCAUGGUGCACCCGGGGCCGGGCCACAAACUACCCCCAUCCGUCCGCGGCGUGUCCUUUGUGCGCAUGCUCGCCAACGUCAAGAUGCAAGUCCACUUUACCGGGCGCGAGGCGCACGCCGCCAUCGCGCCCUGGGACGGCGUCAACGCGCUCGAUGCCGUGUGCCUGUCGUAUAAUGCCAUCAGCAUGCUGCGCCAGCAGAUCCGACCGUACGAGCGCAUUCAUGGGGUGUUCCGCUCCGCCGGGGACAGGCCCAACGUCACGCCUGCGGACUGCACGGUGGAGUACUACGUGCGGAGCGCGACGCGGGCCGAGGCGGAGGCGUUGUGGCAGCGGGUGAGGAGGUGUUUUGAGGGCGCUGCGGUCGCGACCGGGUGCGAGAUGCGGGUCGAGCCACUCAAUUCGUACGCUGAUGUCCGGCCGAGCAGGGCGCUGUGUGAGGCGUAUGUGGACGCCAUGCCACAAGGGACGGUGGCGAUGGAUGAGCCUGCGGACAUCCUGGCGGGGAGUACGGAUAUGGGAGAUGUGUGCUAUGAAUGUCCCGGAUUCCAUGGCGUGUUUGGUAUUGGCACGAAAGAGGGCGAGGCGAAUCACACGAAGGGGUUUACUGCUGCCGCCGGGACCCAGGACGCAUAUGAGCGGGCGGUGGAGUGUGGAAUGGGCAUGGCUCGGGUGGCAUGGAAAGUCCUGUCGGACGAUGAGUUUGCGGAGCGAGUGCAGAAGGAGUGGGAGGAGGAUAUAGGGUUGGCCGCUGAGGGCAAGGAAGCUCUCCGUGAAGAUAUGAGGUUGAGGAUGAAGUGAGAAAAGGGGAGACGGGUUAGAGGGAUGAGGGUUAGGGUUGAAGCUUAUCUCCUGCCAGAUGAUUUUCUUCGCUUACUACAGAAACAUGACUAGCUAUUGCUAAACUAGUAGCAUUUUAUUGAGAUUCAAAUUACUACUCA